CCGCAUUUGCUGCUUCACGCUCAGUAUAUAAAGCAGGACCUGGGCGCAAGGAGGACGGCUGGCCAGCGCGGCCCUUGGAUUGAGGAUAGGAAUAUUUCGAGACGUGUUUUAUUUGGUUUUAAGACAUGAUGCUGGAUUAUUUUAAUAUCUAAAACUGUUUUAGGGAGAUUUUCGUUUUUGUUCAUUUGUUUUUUUUUUUUUUUACACUCCGCUUGUAAUGGCGAGCUCGGCUAACUCUAAUCCAGUGCCUAAACUCUACCGAAGUGUGAUUGAAGAUGUUAUUAAUGAUGUGCGAGAGCUGUUUCUGGAUGAGGGAGUUGACGAGCAAGUCCUCCAGGAACUGAAAACGCUCUGGGAGAACAAGCUGAUGCAGUCCAAGGCAGUGGAGGGUUUCCACACGGAGGAGCAAGCCUUGCAGCAACAGCUUCAACAACAGCUUGCCCCACAAGCCCAGACACAGUCACAGCCCUCCCAGGUCCUUCUGCCCCCUGCUCAACAAGCUCCACAGCAGCAAGUAAUUGUGCAGGACCCCAAGCUGCUGCAGCACAUGACCGUCACAGGCAUGAGUGCUGCGGCUUCUGCAGCAACCAUUGCUCUGCCUACAGGAGUAACACCAUACCAGCAGCUGUUAACCAGUCAAGGUCAAAUUCUGCAAGUGGUGAGAGGGCCAAAUGGAGCACAGUAUCUUAUUCAGCCCCAGCAGCAGGUGGUGCUGCAGUCGCAAGUCCUGCCUCAGAUGCAGCCUGGAGGGGUGCAAGCCCCUGUUAUACAACAGGUCUUGACUCCCCUACAAGGUGGAAUCCCACAGCAGACUGGAGUCAUCAUUCAGCCUCAACAGAUUGUCCUUGCAGGAAACAAAGUCCAGCCAAAUCCACAGGUCAUGCAAACACCUGCAGUGACUGCACAGGCAGGACAGGGAACUGCGCAGAUGCAACAGCAAGCUCAGGCUCAACAGCAGCAAUCGCCGCAGCAACCGCAGCAGCAGCCUCCUCCUGUGAUGCUCCAGGUGGAUGGGGCAGGGGACACAUCCUCUGAAGAAGAUGAUGAGGAGGAAGAUGAGUACGAUGAAGAUGAGGAUGAUGACAAGGACAAAGAUGGUGGUGAAGAUGGACAAGUUGAAGAGGAGCCCUUGAACAGCGGUGAUGAUGUGAGUGAUGAAGAAGGACAAGAGCUAUUUGACACAGAGAAUGUGGUUGUGUGCCAGUAUGACAAGAUACACAGGAGUAAGAACAAAUGGAAGUUCCACCUCAAAGAUGGCAUAAUGAACCUGAAUGGAAGAGACUACGUGUUCUCCAAAGCCAUUGGGGAUGCAGAGUGGUAAAGUGAAAGGGAUUCCCAGAUUGUGCUGGGUGGUGACACAAAGACACACAGACUGGGACUACGUGCAUUUCAGUGUGGCAUGUGUAGAAAAGAGCAACACAGAGCCAACUGUCCUGGAAGUAUGAGUGGUAACACACUAAUAACGUAAACCCCACUCAAUCCCCCACUUAUACUCCUGAUAAUGUGCUGCCAGUUUCUACAGUAAUAAUGUUGCUGGUGAUUCUGGAUCCUGAAACUGUAGAUUUUUAUUACUGUUUUAUUUUAAAAAAACAAAUUCAGUUUGAUUUGUGUGUGGUACAUCUUGUAGAAAUAAUGGACCAGGUAAACUAAAAUGGUUGACCUACCACCCAGUAACAACCUUUUAAGCCCAGCAUUUCCUCUGUGGUAUAGCAAAAAUUCAAUGAGUAAUGCAUUCUGUGAAAUAUUUUUACCCUUGGAGUUGUUUGGUAGCAGCAGUUCUAAUUGGAUGUUUUAGUUCUGAUUAUUUGCUGCACAUGUAGGUAAAAUUGUAAUAAUGCUACAAUUAAUAACUAUUUGGAAAACACAGCAUGUAUAACAUUUCAGUUGUUUACCACAGAGUGAUGUAGGACUUGAAGUGUUUGGCAGUGUCCUGUCAUGAUCUGCUUAUUUUCCAACUUGUAUCUUUGCUUUUUUCAGCAAAACAUAAAGGCUGUUAGAUAUUGCUCCGUGCUUAAGCUUCAUUUUGUCUUCCCCCCCAAACCAUUUUCUGUCUGUGAGGGUCAGCUUGUUAGCAUGUUUUUUUUUUUAAUUUUUUUUUUUUAUUUUUUAUUUUUUAUUUUUUAUUUUUUGCACCACUUUUCUGUUGUCAAAUGGUCUGUGGGCAGUGUGUGGUAAUAUUGCAGCAUCCUCUAUCCUCUUAGGUUGCUUGCAGGACCCCCCUCCAUGCACCAUCCUGUGAAGUCAGUGUGAUAUCUUAGUUUAAUACUAAUCGAUAUCAGCCUUCUGUACCCUUUUUCCUGUAGUUUAACUCCGUGAAAUUCCAGUUAUUGUAGGUUUUGAUAUUUAUGCCUAAAAGGUUGAGGCAAAAUAUUAGGAAGAUGAGACCACGCCAAACUGUGCUCUUAUUUUACAACAAGUGUUCCUUUUUUAGUGGGUAUGUUUUGUUGGCUUGAUUUACAUCAUUCAUUCAACCUUCUAAUCAAAAUUUCCUGUGUUGUAUUGUACUUGAACUUUAAUCAAUUUUUAUCUCAUAAGGACCGUUUCACUUGGAGAAAUGCUUUCUCUACAGUUUGUUUUAACAGUGCAGUAUUGUGUAAUUUAAAA